GUCCUCCUUGUGCUUGAUGAUAUUAGCAAAAAAGAACAAUUGCAUGCAACUGCUGGAGGACUUGAUUGGUUUGGCCCUGGUAGCAUCAUCAUCAUAACAACAAGGGAUAAGCAUUUGUUAGAUGUUCAUGGAGUUCAAAAACAGUACAUGGUUGGUGGAAUUAACUUUAUGGAAGCCCUUGAAUUGUUUAAGUGGAAUGCUUUCAAAAACAAAGAAGUUGAUCCAUGUUACAAGGAAGUCACAGAGCGUGCAAUGUAUUAUGCCAAUGGCCUUCCAUUGGCUUUGGAAACGAUAGGCUCGAACUUGUUUGGCAAAACCUUGGAUGAAUGGGAAUCUGCGUUAGAAACUUAUGAGAGAAUUCCAAAUAGAGAUGUUCAGGAAGUUCUUAAAGUUAGCUAUGAUAGUUUGGAUGCUUAUGAGAAAGAAAUAUUCCUUGACAUAGCUUGCUUCUUUAGAAGAUGCUCUCUUGGAUACGUUACAGAUAAGCUUGAAGCAAGAGGAUUUCCUCCAAAAUUUGGUCUGAGAGUGCUAGAAGAAAAAUCUCUCAUUAAAAUUCGGGAAUGUCCACAUGAAACUGUGACAAUGCAUGACAUGAUUCGGUGUAUGGGAAAAGAAAUAGUUAGACAACAAAAACCUCUGCCUCACAAACGGAAUAGGAUAUGGUUUUACGAGGACGUUGUUUGUGUGUUGGAGAAAAACAUGGAAAAUGAUAAAAUUGAAGCGGUGAUGUUGGAGAUGCCAGAACACCAAGAAGAAAUGCAAUGCACUCCAAAGUUUGGAAAAAUGAAAAGCUUACGGAUGCUUAUUAUAGAAAAGAAGGUUAGCUUUCUUGGAAGCCCUGCUACUCUGCCAAACAGUUUGAGAGUGCUGGAAUGGCGUGGAUAUCCUGCAACUUCUUUACCGAGCAAUUUUCAUUUCAAGAAUCUUGUCAUACUCAACUUGUCACACAGUUACUUUGGAUGGUACAAACCACUACAGAAUUCAAAGGUUUUGAGACACUUGAUUAUCAUAGGUUGUAAGAAUAUUAGACGAAUACCUGACAUCUCUGGUUUCCCCAAUUUGACAAAACUUUGUGUUCGUGAAUGCACAAAUCUGUUUGAGAUUCAUGAUUCAGUUGGAUCUUUACUUCAUCUUAAAGAGUUUUGUGCUGAAGGAUGUACCAAGCUCACAAUUGGUCCAAGUCGCAUAAAGUUGAUAUCUUUGGAGCAUCUGUGCUUUCGGGGCUGCAGCAGUCUUGUCAUGUUUCCAGAAGUAUUGGCUCCAAUGCACAAACUAAAGUACGUUGACUUGGGAGGAACUGGCAUAAGAAAUCUGCCACCAUCAAUGCAAAAUCUUAAGGGUAUUAAAGUAUUGUCCAUGGGGAAAGGCCAAAUGCUUGAAAUUAAUGAAUCGUCCAAUUUCUUUCAAAACCUGCCAAUGUUCUUUCCUAAUUUAGAAACAUUAUAUUUACAAAACUUAGACAUUACAAUCCUUCCUGCCAGCAUUGAAGAAUGUCACUCUUUGAAAUUUCUGCACGUCACCAACUGCAAGAAGCUUCAAGAAAUUAGAGGACUUCCAUUGAAUAUUAAUCAGUUCUACGCAGCAAACUGUUCUGUUAAAGCCAACUCUUUGAUAUUAAAACUCAGGCAGGCCAUUGAUUGUGGUGCAAUGGGAAUCUGUGUUCUUCCAGGUCGGAAAAUCCCAGAAUUGUUUGACCACUCUAGCAGGGGAAACUCUGUAAGUUUUUGGUUUCGUAAAGAAUUGCCCACUCUGGCUGUGUGUGCUAUUAUUGGAGUCUGGGAUAAUGUCAAGCCUCCUUUCGUUGCCUUCUUUAGGUUCGUUGUUGGAGUAGAAAAGAAUAUUUAUAAGUGUGUUUGUUGUUUCCGUUGUCGUAAUAUACGUUGGACAACUGAGGAUAGUCACAUAAUUAUACUCAACUCUCGAAAUGAUUUUCAACAUACGUUGAAUACGGAUAUUCAGACAGUGCUUCUGACGAAUGAGUGGAUUCCUGGGAAAAUACUGUUGACGAUACGUCCAAAAAGUGAUUUAGGUAAGUCGGGAGAAAUCAGAAGGACAGGAGUUUAUGUAAAUCGAACACUUAGUAGCAUGGAGGAUGUUCGAUUCGAAGAUCCUUAUGAUCUCAAUAAAGCAAGUGCUAUAGAAAAUAAACUUGUGUUGCUUGGUGAGGCAUCUGAUACACAACAACAAGCACAAUCCUCUGCUUUAUUCAACCUCACAACCUCAUUAGAAUCUCUUAUUGGUGAACAACCUUUGAAUUAUGAGUACAACAAUUCAUAUUCAAAAGAAUCGGCAUCCACUGUUGACUCCAAUAACCAAGGAGUACUUGUAGAUGAUCAACCAAUAUUAGCUCCAAGUUCUGCAGAGACGCAAAAUGCUGAGGCCAAAAGAGAAAUGGCACAACUGAUAUCGGAAGUUUCAAGUGAGUUCACAGCUCAAGUAAGUAUGAAAAUUGAGUCAACAGCAUCCCAAUCACCUAAAGUUGAUGAAGUAGAAGCAGGUUUGGAAACUCAGAAUCAGUUCAGAAAUACUAUGGUUUUGGAAAACCAGAUACACCAAAGGCUGACCAGGAUUAAGAAAAUGAAAGAAGAAUUAGGAGAGAAAAUCAGUGCUAUUAAAGCCGACAUCUCUGCCAUUGAAGCUAACAACUCUUCCAUUAAAGCUAACAUCUCAGACAUUAAAGCUAUAUUUUUGCAGAUUGAUCAGAGGUUCAUACGGUGAGGUAUACAAUGCAGACAUGAAUGACACAUCAAACUGAGGCAUACAAGGCAGCAUCACAUCUAGCAAGUGCCACACCACCUCCUGUUGUGCUGAGUCGUGGUAUUGGUUGGCAGGUACUUGAAAUUUUGCUGAAUGAUCUUUUUGGAAUACUCACUAGUUCUACAGUUUCUGUGUAAGUGGUAUUCUACAUGAAGUGAAUCAUGCUUUUCUUUCACUUUUAUGGGGCACAAAUUGAUUCUUGUAGGACUGAUAGAGAGAAUGUGGAGCUUCUAGGAAAAACAUGUAUUUUCUGAAAGUAGAAGUGGUUCUUGCGCUUUCGGUUUAUUUAUUUUUAGUAUAGUUGAAUUGGGUUAGUUAAGUUCAGUUUUUUUCAUAUUUAAUA